AUGGCCGAUUGCGAAAAUAGUGUUCAGACCUUGGCGUCUCUUUCUGUAAAGAAGAGUAUUAUGUUUCUGCAGCAACUUGUGUAUCGUUUUGUAAAUAUCAAAGACAUUGAGCCAUGUGCCUCUUUCUUGAGGGACUUGCUUGCAUCAAUCCCACCCAAUUUCCAUGCAGAAUUUCUUGAUAAACUAGCACCAAUAUUUGACAAUAUAACAAACUGUGCUGUGGAAAAUUGUGUCUUGGACAUAAUAGAUGAGUUGGCUCUGAUGCUGUUAUCUCCAUCCAUAACACAGAUAGAUGUCGACAAGUUCAUUUUCCCAACAAGAAACCCAGCCAAAUACCUUAAAGCCUUAGAACAUGCAACCAGUCUAAGAAUGUUAAUUAGCCAGAGAGAAAAUGUAUGGAAGUAUUCCAUCAGUAAAUUUGAACUUCUCUCUUCUGCUUUGACAAAGAUGCCAAUGCUGAGACAUCUGACUUUACAUCAUAUUAAAAUUCCUAGUGGUAAGAUUAACCAGUUGUUACUGGGUUUAGCAUCAAACAGUCCCCACUUGAUAUAUCUAGAUUUAAAAUAUGGGGCCUUAACUGACUCUGGCUUAGAUCCAAACUCAUUGGAAAAGUUUGGAAAAAUUACUGAUUUCACAGACUGCAUCCCUGCCUUGUUAAAAAUGAAAAAUCUUCAUUACCUAAAUGUCAGUGAGUCUUGGCUCACUUAUGUUGGUGUGAAAGCAAUUGUGAAGAAUCUACCCCUGCGAAGAUUGGAUGCCAUUGUGGAGGGAGGCUAUGAUCUGCAGGCUGUUGUUAUAAAAGACAUCCUGAUGUUACAGUCUGAGCCUCUUGUACUUCCCAGAACAUCGUACUAUGUUGCUCCUGAGGAACACAACAUUCAAUAUAUAUGCCAAGCAUGCCCACAGUUAGAGUACAUCAUCAUGCAACAUUGUGGUGUUGGAGUGACAGAAUCCACCUUCCAGAGCCUCACCAGCUUACAGCACUUGAAAAAGGUCACCAUUUGUGGUCUAGAGUGGUCUCUCCUCCAUUCCCAGAUUGCUAUCAAUGACGAUCCUAUGCCCAUCAGCAAUGUAGUGACAGAGGUAACCUUGACUGAGCCCUCAUGUGUGGAUGCAUACCAUCUAGGGAGCCUGUCAGUCUGUUUCCCGCAGCUCACUCACCUCUGGGUAUUGGGCUCGCAGAAUGAGGAGAGUGAUGUUCCCUGGGAUGGAGUCAGAGUAUUCACAAAAUUGACACAUCUUCAUUAUGAAGGUUCCCUGUUUAUUGGAAAAUUUGGGAGAAUAGAGAGGGAGCAAGGGCUACAGAAUAUCCUGGAUGUUCUACUGGCUUGGUGCAAACAGCUUCGAAGCUUAACCUUAUACACUAAUUACCUGGAAAAUCUCAUGUUGCAUUUUGCAGUGCGAAGAAAUGGACUACGCAAACUCGAGGAACUGAGGAUAGGGUUGCAGCAUGAUUUAUCAAGUGACACAAUAAUGCUUUUACUUCAAAAUACUCCAGACUUACGGAUACUUGGAAGGACUGAUUGGUGGACAACUAUGACUCACUUAGAGAAAGUUAAUCUCAUAAGAACCCUUAAAUUAAGAUACAGCAAUCUUGAAGUUUUUGGAUUAGACAACUGUAGUGAUGUGGAGCAUGAUCCUCGGCCUACAAAAAAUAUUCACAGCAUUGUUGUGUGGUAGCUCCCCUGUCAGUGAUGAGCUCUGUGGCUGUUGGCUUUAAUGAAUGAAUUAAUGAAUCAAACAAAAUAUUUGUAUUCUGUAGGGAAGUCUCAGUGGGACUUUUCAAUCACUGUAUUUGAGUGAAAAUGAUGGAAGGAUAUAUAAAGGAGAUUUUUUUUUUAUUGCGUUUAGGGUAAUUGCUUUGAGAAGCUUAUCCAUGUCCAUUUUGUACUCGUAAGAAUAGCACCUGGUUGUAUUAGGCGCCUUUCAUGCUUGCUCAUAUUGUAAUAGUGUUGUAUUGUCACUCUGUGGUAAUAAGAUGUGUUUGUUUUAUGAAUGAUGGACUUUUGUCAUACAUAAGGUUUGUUUUUUGGCCUUGCCUAAAAGAUCUGAAACCUAAAAACAAAUACAUCUUAGUAUAACUAGUAUUUGUUAUAGAUUGUACAAAGAUAUAAAGAAAAGGUCAAAGAAAAAUUGAAAACAAAAAUGUCAAGAAGAUAAAUUUGUGUUCACAAUUUUUUUUUUUUUUUUUUGAAGAGUUGGUAAUUACUCAUUGUAAUUUCAGGUCAUUUUUAUAAAUAUUGUAUCAAGUUUUGGGCUUCUCUUAAGAAAGGAGGAUUAGGACUUCAUAUAGAUGUUAAUUUAUGAAAUACCUGCGGAUAUUAGAUAAUCUAAUUGUAGUUUAGUCUUGUCUCUUUAAAAGAUCAGAUAUUACAUAAGGAUGACAUAGAAUUUUCCUCUUUUAGACUAAGCUGUAGAAUGUGAUUCUGAGGACUAAAAGGGGUAUAGAACUUACACAAUCAUAGGAUUAUUUUUAGAAAAUGCAGUAAGUGCUUAGAUGAAAUGAGCCAUUAACAGCAACUAUGAUAAAUGUUGACCAUUGAUAGAAGUUCUUAGUACAUUGUUUAAAGGAAAAACAGUUAAUGGCUCUGGAAGUUGGAAUAAGCAGAGAAACACUAAUCUACGAAAAUGUCCAUAAUAAGAGACUUUAAUGUGCAGUUGUGUUGCUUUUAACUAGAGUGAACAAAACAUGAACUAAUGAGUAGAAAAAAAUCUUUGAUCACUGCCUUGUAAUCUUAAAAGAUGAGAUGUUGAACUGCAGAUGUUGCAAGAACUGCAUUUAGUUAAAAAAAAUAUUACGCUUAUAUGUAGGUCAGGUACCAUUAGGAUAAGAGAACAGAAGAAAAUUGAUAUAAAAAUAAAAGAACACUUAUUGCUGUUAGGAAAUAUUUGUUAAACGGUAUGAUACCAGGUGUGUGCUAAUGAAAGUACCAAUAGAUUAUUUUUUUUAUCUGAUAAUUGGGAUUAAACACUUUAAUUUCAUGGUAUAUGCAAACAAAGAAUAGAGCUUAAGUGAGAACUAUGUAGUACCUAACAUCUCUACAGGUUUGAUAUUGUAAAGAAAGAUAUUUUGUGUUAGGUGAUGAUAGCCUGUGGUAGAAAAUACAAGCUUUUUACAUAGGAGGAUUUAAGAAGCAAAAUGCAUUUAAUUGAUUUUUUUGAAUAGGUCCUCAAGAAGAAAUUUGCUCUGGAUCAUGUUUUGAUAUAUAUGUGUUGAAGAUGUAUUUGAGUAGCUCAAUCAAAGGAAAACUAGAAAUCACUCACAGUGUAUGGGGAGAUUUACUUGUAAAAUGAACUCUUAUGUGUGUUUAUGGUAAGUAAACUCUACAUCUUUGUCCAUUUUAAUGUCUGAAUGGAAUACUGUUUGCUUCAUAUUUUGUAUAGAAUGCCAGUAUGUGUUCAAAAGUGACUGCACAGUAUAAUUUUGUUUUUAUCCUAAGAAAAUUGUCAGUCAGUAUUGUUUUUCUUAAAGAUUACACAAUUAGCUAUAAUAUUUACUCAGUGACAAGCUACUUAGACUUCACAUGAGUGUGGGAUUACUGUCUUCUAAAAAUAUAUAUAGGUAUAUAGAUGUAGAACCUCAAAAUAUGUGAACAGUCACUGUAAGUUUUUCUAUUCCUUCCUGUUUUUAUUUGUUAUAAUUUGAACUUAUUUUUGCAAGGCAUGUGUAAAGUUAUUUCAGAUUAUGUGUAUUGCUUUAGAAAAUACAAAUGAAUGUUAAUGCCUUUGUUUGAAGUGUUUAUUAGACAGUAUUGUGAUCUUGCUGUAAAUUGUUUAGUGUAAUGUUGCGUUUGUGUAAGGAAGAGAAGUUAUUUUCAUAUACUUUACUACAACACUUAGGUCUGUGCACUGUCAGUAUUGUGACAUCUUUAUUUUAAAAAUGUAAAGGAAAAAUAGAUAAAUAUGUAUUUCAGCUGUAGUGGAGAUUGAAAAUGUAAGGUAGUGCAGCUUUUGAAAUGUUAUGCAGUGUAGAUAUACUUUCCCUCUAUCAUCUGUAUAGAUGGGAACUUGCAUAAGGGAAGGAUUGAGUGUAAAUUAGUUUUUAUUUUGUGCAUCUGUAUGUGCACAAUGUAGAGCCUCUUUGUAACAACAUACUUUUUACAAUUUACACCUAUAUGCAAAAAUGGUACUUUUGUCCUGUCCCAAGACUCAUGGCCAGAAGCUUCCUUAAACAGGUUGCAUUGUAUAAUCAGUGUGGAAGGAUUUCAAACAGAGGAACAUGGAGAGGAUAAAUGUGAAGGAAAAUGUGCAAAGGAGAAAUGCAAAGGGAAAUGUA